GUAUCUUUUGUCAGACACCCUUGCGCUCUGAAAGGAACUGGCAUGUUUCCUCGUUUGCUCCUUGCGCUUCGGUCUCUUAUUCGCCGCUCAAUCAGCGCGCAUUGACAGUUCAUCAGGCUAAACACCUCGCGGCGCCUCGGCACUUGCUGGCACCAGAACACGCUGCUAAGCCGGCCCAGCUCUUCCUUCCAGCGUAUGUGCUGACAAGGUCGUGUACCAUCAAGAACGUUUUAAGGUCGUCUCGCUACAUCAGCGGCGCCCUUACGCGCCGGCGAAACGGCUUACCGCUCGACAACGCGCGCAUUUCGUAGCCGACGAUGUGUCUCCCGCCUAGCUAUACACCGCCUCCGACAUCCUCGGCGCCGAAGCCACAACCAGCCAUCAUCGACACGCUCGCCGCUCUGUGGGCUGAGGCCGUAGCCAGAUACGAGAAUGAUACGCGGACAAAGUCGAGCACGCCCUUGGUAGCCACCGCCCAGCGCGAGUCGACUAAGGGCUCUUUAUCUACUCGCAAGCUCGAUUCCGCAGACGCGAUCUUUGACUACGUAUGCCAGCACGAGGCCUCCUUCACGACCUUUCGCGAGGGCGGUGCAGGUCCGUUACUUCUCCGUCUCCGCCCAAUCGCCGAAGUGGUGGGUACGUUGUCUGGCCUCAUCGGAGAGGCCGUUGGUAUCCCAUUCGCUCCCGGCAAGGCCGUCUUCGCUGCAGUCGGAGAGCUGGUGAAGGCUUCUCUCGCUAUACAGGACGACUAUGACGCUGUCUGCACGGCAUUCGAGACGAUGGAGGCCCACCUGCGUAUCAUACAGCCCGCAGUCGAGGGCGACCUGCAUCCGACCUUGCGGGAAGCGUCUGUCAAGCUUCUCGCGCAGAUUCUCACCGUGCUCGGCGUGAUCACGAAACUACAGAGGGAGGGUCGUAUACGAACUUGGUUGAAGAGACUGGCUCAGUCGAAGGAAGUGUCCUCAGCGUUGGAUGAUCUCGCUCGACUUGCGACCAGUCACCAUCAAGCAGUCUCUGCCGUGACUCUAGCGACCUCGCAGAAGACGCUUUCUAUGCUCGCGGAUAGCAUACAUUGGGCAGCGGAAGAUAAAGACAUGAACCGUCAAUGCUUGACGUCGAUAGCGCAGAUCGCCCAGGAAGUAUAUGAUGAAGUCAAGCGCAGCUCUUCCGCGACCUGCCAGGAGGUGAUCAACAAUCGAGUCAUCCUCGAGAGCUUGCAGAGCACCCUCCUCCACCACCUCGCUGCUGUCGAAGAUGACAGAACAUCCGCCGACAUGGAUAAGAUAUGCAAGUGGCUUGAAUACCAGGACUCUUCGCCGCGACUGAAUGAACUAUUGCAUCACCGCACGCCCUCGACCGGCGCGUGGUUUCUCGAUGGCGACGACUUCGUUUCACUGAAGACCGGUAAGAAGCGUUUCUUGUGGUUACAAGGGAAAGCUGGAAGCGGUAAGAGCACGAUGAUCGCCGGCGCCCUCAACGAUCUACGCGCUACCAGUUUCCUCCAUGACUCUCAAUCCCUCGUCCUCUCCCACCUCUUCGACGCCACGAAUGCCUCCCGAUCUCGUAACUUGCGCGCUUUAUUAUCCGCGCUGCUAUGCCAACUCGGACACCUCCGGGUUGAGAGCCUCUUUUCGCUCCUCCGCUUUCACAAGGACAAUAUGCAUGGGCAUUCCCAGCCGUCGACGCAUGCGCUACGUCGUCAGCUCGACAGCGUCUUGGAUAAUUCGUCCACCACGACCUUCGUCGUCAUCGAUGCACUGGACGAGGCGGACGACGAGAAUGGCGAGAUCCUCGACUUUCUCCAGCACCUUCGCGCGCAUGAGCAGGUGAAGCUGCUGCUCUCUAGUCGUGGGGAGGUGGUAUUCCGAGAUCGCUUGGCGAGCCUUUGCGACUCGUGCGUCAUCAUGCGCGAGGACCUGGUGGAAGGCGAUAUUGGCACGGUACUCCGCGGGGCUUUCGCCGAGGGCGGUACUUUGGGAAAAGUCAAGGACACCGACCUCGUGCGCGAGGCUCUCACCGCCGGGGCUGAUGGGAGUUUCCGCUGGACCGCGAUACAGAUACGCGAACUGUCUCGGAUAGCCGGGAUCCCCGCGAAGGUCCGCCAAAAGCUAAAAGCACUGCCCAAGUCUCUGAGCGAGACGUACGAUCGCUGUCUGCAGGCGAUCGAUCCUGAAGAUCGCGCAGAUGUGCACCGCCUGCUGAUCUGGUUACUCCUGGCGUGCGUACCUUUGACCACGAUGGACUUCGCGCAACUUCUCGCAUUCGACUACUCUGACCGUAUCCCAUCUUACGACGCCGGAUUGCAACCGUCAUCGGCAGAUGCGGUCCUCUCGCUCGUCGGGUCGACCUUCCUCUCUGUUCACGAUGACGAGGUACGCCUCGCGCAUGCGUCCGUGAAAGAUUACUUGCUCGCGCUUCCGCCCACGUCCGAUUUUCAUAUCGACCCCGAGCUCGCACAUUCGCUCAUGGCUCUUACUGGCCUUGCGUGCCUCAGCGCCAUGCCCGACACCGACCAGGAGACGCGUCCACAGAAGCCGAACCACCUGACGUACUCCUGGGUCGCACACGUAGCAAAGGCCGGCACCGGUGCUUACGCCGACCUCGAGCGGGACACCCUCACUCUGCUACAGGGGCUUCGCGGAUCGGAAUAUCUCAGCGACGCACUCCAGGCCGCCGCUCAGAUAGGGCAUGCGCUGCUCGCCGUAUCUCGCCGCUGCACUGUGCAGCUGCGUACGGGCACGAGGAUAUGGUCGCUCUGCUCGUUAGCCGUGGCUUGGACAUAG